AUGCAGCGCCGGGGCGCCCUGUUCAGCGUCGCGGGCGGCGGCGCCAGCGCCAGCGCCAGGAAGAUGGCUGCAGGAGACCUGGGCGAGCUGCUCGUGCCGCACAUGCCCACGAUCCGCGUGCCCAGGUCGGGCGACCGCGUGUACAAGAACGAGUGCGCCUUCUCCUACGACUCCCCGAGCUCUGAAGGAGGACUCUAUGUAUGCAUGAACACAUUUUUGGCCUUUGGAAGGGAACACGUUGAAAGGCAUUUUCGAAAGACUGGACAGAGUGUGUACAUGCACCUGAAAAGACACGUGCGCGAGAAGGUAAGAGGAGCCUCUGGUGGAGCUUUACCAAAGAGGAGGAAUUCCAAGAUUUUUUUAGAUCUAGAUACUGAUGACGAUUUAAAUAGCGACGAUUAUGAAUAUGAAGAUGAAGCCAAACUUGUUAUAUUUCCAGACCACUAUGAAAUAGCACUUCCAAAUAUCGAGGAGUUACCAGCUCUGGUGACAAUAGCUUGUGAUGCUGUUCUCAGCUCUAAGUCCCCGUAUAGAAAACAGGACCCAGAUACAUGGGAAAAUGAACUACCUGUAUCCAAGUAUGCCAACAACCUUGCCCAGCUGGAUAACGGAGUUAGGAUUCCUCCAAGCGGCUGGAAGUGUGCCAGGUGUGACCUGCGGGAGAACCUGUGGCUGAAUCUCACCGACGGCUCCGUGCUGUGCGGGAAGUGGUUCUUUGACAGCUCGGGGGGUAACGGGCACGCCCUGGAGCACUACAGGGACAUGGGCUAUCCGCUGGCUGUGAAGCUGGGCACCAUCACGCCGGAUGGGGCAGAUGUUUAUUCGUUCCAAGAAGAGGAACCUGUGUUGGACCCUCAUUUGGCCAAGCACUUAGCACAUUUUGGGAUUGACAUGCUUGACAUGCAUGGGACCGAGAACGGGCUCCGUGACAAUGACGUCAAGCCGAGGGUCAGUGAGUGGGAAGUGAUCCAGGAGUCAGGGACGAAGCUGAAACCAAUGUACGGCCCUGGCUACACAGGCUUGAAGAACCUGGGCAACAGCUGCUACCUCAGUUCCGUCAUGCAGGCCAUCUUCAGCAUCCCCGAGUUCCAGAGAGCGUAUGUAGGAAACCUUCCAAGAAUAUUUGACUAUUCACCAUUAGAUCCGACACAAGAUUUCAACACACAGAUGACAAAGUUAGGACACGGCCUUCUUUCAGGCCAGUAUUCAAAGCCUCCCGUGAAAUCUGAGCUCAUCGAGCAGGUGAUGAAGGAGGAGCACAAGCCUCAACAGAAUGGGAUCUCUCCACGCAUGUUUAAGGCCUUUGUCAGCAAGAGCCACCCGGAAUUCUCCUCCAACAGACAGCAGGACGCCCAAGAGUUUUUCUUGCAUUUGGUGAAUCUCGUAGAGAGGAACCACAUUGGCUCAGAAAACCCAAGCGAUGUGUUUCGAUUUUUGGUGGAAGAACGUAUUCAGUGCUGUCAGACGCGGAAAGUCCGCUACACGGAGAGGGUGGAUUACCUGAUGCAGUUACCGGUGGCCCUGGAGGCAGCGACCAACAAGGAUGAACUGAUCGCCUAUGAAUUAACCAGAAGGGAGGCAGAAGCAAACAGAAGACCCCUUCCUGAGCUGGUGCGAGCCAGGAUACCAUUUAGUGCCUGCCUUCAGGCCUUUUCUGAACCAGAAAACGUGGACGAUUUCUGGAGCAGCGCCCUGCAGGCCAAGUCAGCAGGGGUCAAAGCGUCUCGCUUUGCCUCAUUCCCUGAAUACUUGGUAGUGCAGAUAAAGAAGUUCACUUUUGGUCUUGACUGGGUUCCCAAAAAGUUUGAUGUUUCUAUCGAUAUGCCAGAUCUGCUUGAUAUCAACCACCUCCGAGCCAGGGGCUUGCAGCCGGGAGAGGAGGAGCUUCCGGACAUCAGCCCCCCGAUUGUCAUUCCUGAUGACUCAAAAGGCCGCCUGAUGAACCAGUUGAUAGACCCCUCCGACAUCGAUGAAUCGUCGGUGAUGCAGCUGGCUGAGAUGGGCUUUCCUCUGGAAGCUUGCCGGAAGGCCGUGUACUUUACUGGAAACAUGGGAGCCGAGGUGGCCUUCAACUGGAUCAUAGUUCACAUGGAGGAGCCAGACUUUGCUGAACCACUGACCGUAUCUGGUUAUGGAGGGGCAGCAUCCGCUGGAGCCUCUAUAUUUGGUGCUACUGGAUUGGACAACCAACCUCCCGAGGAGAUUGUAGCCAUCAUCACCUCCAUGGGAUUCCAGCGAACUCAGGCCAUACAGGCGCUGCGGGCUACGAACAAUAACCUGGAAAGAGCCCUGGAUUGGAUCUUCAGUCACCCGGAGUUUGAAGAGGACGGUGACUUUGUGAUUGAGAUGGAGAACAAUGCCAAUGCAAACAUCGUGUCAGAGGCCAAGCCAGAAGGCCCCAGAGUCAAGGAUGGAUGCGGAAGGUAUGAGCUGUUUGCAUUCAUCAGUCACAUGGGAACGUCUACGAUGAGUGGCCAUUAUGUUUGCCAUAUCAAAAAGGAAGGAAGAUGGGUGAUCUACAAUGACCACAAAGUUUGUGCCUCAGAAAGACCCCCUAAAGACCUGGGUUACCUGUACUUUUACCGCAGGAGACCAAGCUGAACCUCAGACACAGGUUGGCGAGAAGAAGCCAUAUGCCUUUUUAAUUUGCCAAAAAAUAAAAAAAAAAUAAAAAAGAAGAAGAAGCAGUAGAAGAAGAAGAAGAAAAAAAAGAAUAAGAAGUUGGAACCACCAGACACAGGGGAAUAUAUGGGGCAUUUGUAGUUACUUAAAGAGCACGGUCAUGUGACAGCUUCUGAAAUAGAACUGGGAAGAAGUUUCUAUUGGUGGCCGUAGUCUGUUGUAGUUUUGAUAAACAGUCAAGGAGAAGGUGAUGUAAGCAGAGGUAUUUCUACUGCUGAAAUAGCAUCUACCAUCAGCUCAUCAAAUGUGGGGUGUGCCCCCAGCCCUGUGCUUUGCUUCGGGGAGGGGUCCACUGGCAGUGGCCUUCAGAGACAUCAAUCAAUGUGGCCAGUAGUGUGGUUUCACCUAAAUACAUCAAAAUCCCACUUUUUUUUUUUUCAUGUAGAAAACCACCCGAGGCUUGGCUUUAUUUGUGGUAUAGUUUUUUUUUUUUCUUUUUUUCAUUAUCCACAUGAUGUCUGACCUAUCCGUGUAUAAUAGAACACCUGCAAUGAAAGCUAUUUUUAAUUUAACUCAGAUCAAAAUACAUUAUGCAGUUGUGUGAAUGUGUGAGAGUGAGUGUGUGAGAUCUUUGUAGCCCAGUAGGCAAUCUGUGAUGAGUUGGUUUUUGAAGGCUGAGUAGUUGAUAUGAAACAUAUCUGGAAAAGGAAGGUAAACAUUUUAACAAAAUUAUAACUCAGGAAUAGUUCUAAACAAAUUAAUUCCAAUUCAGUUUUAAGCAGUACAAAGGGCUGAGUUACCCCUGUCGGUGCUAUCAACAAAGUCACUUGGCGGGGAGGUGGCAUUUGCUGAUGGUGCCGGAUGCGCAGGUUUCCUCAGACUGUACUGUGUCCAAGAUACAUGGAUUCUCUUUAUCUCAGUAGCUCAUUCCCCCAAAGGUACAAUAUUUGUUUUUAGUUAGAGGAGCUAACUUUUUUUUUUUUUAAUCAUGCCACAUGGUAACUCUCUGGAAUCAUGUUAAAUGCCCAAAUUUGUCAAAUUUUCUCUUUGAAAGAAAGUAUUUGAACUCUUCAUCUGCCUCCUUUUCUGUAUUUUCCUGGGUCUGGUCUCACCUCGGCCCUGGUUGAUGUAUUACUUCCCUCGCUGCUGAUCUCUUGUGUCUCACAGUGUGAUCUUGGGCACUUUAAGGAUUUCAGAUACAAAAGACACUCCCAUGACACCACGAAGCCCCUCUUUUCCACUUGGCUAUUUUGUUCAUUAGUUGCAGCCUGGGAUUAAAGCAGACUUUCAGAUAUGAUACAAUAGGAUGAAAACUCUCAUUUUCCCACUGUUUUGCACCAAAUUCUAGGCUCUCUGGAAAUUCUCAUUCAGUUUAUUCAGUCAAAUUAAAAAGGAUUUAAUCCUGUCUGCUUAAGAUGUACUUGUUUGAUUGGAAAGAUCUUUCUAGAAAAAUAAAGCAGCAGUUGGGUGAAAUAAAAGCAGAGGCCUUGGAUCAGGUUGUAGUGAGUUUGAACAGUCACGGCUAUCGUCACAACGGGGCAUCUUCUCACAGGAGAUCACGUGAGGUGUACCAUGUAAGUGAGGGAAUGUGGAGCCCAGGCCCGAGGCCUAGAAACUGGGGUGCUGUCUUCAGCUGGUGGUAGACCUUGGGCAAAUCUCUCCCCCGCUUCCCCCGUGCCUCACUGCCCAUCUACACAGUGAUGGGGUGACACUUCCCCUCUCUUUUGAGUCUGUAGGGAGAUGGCAUCUAAGGAAGUCAUUACGGAACAGUAGGUGAGAUACCACUGUGGGACCUAGCAGAGUCCACGCCCUGACUUCUUUUACUUGAUGUUCUCUUCCCUUUGGAGACCGAUGAGAUGGCAGAAGGAGGGAGCUCGUGGCACAGUCGUUCUCUACUAAAUGCCCUGACUGAUGCCACCUUCUAGUCGGUGUUAGGCAUGUGUUGACCCCACGUUCAGCAGACUUCAUGAAUCCAGUCCCCUUAGGGCUGAGAAUCCUGGGACAGUGGCUCCAGACACAGACCAACACUGGCUGGCUUUCAGCGAUGUUACAAAGCAAAGGCUUUGGGCGUGGGGGGGCCCGCCAGAGAAUCACUGGAGGUUUGGAUUGGGACAUGGACAAAGGUAAUGUGAAUUUUAAACAAAAUAAAAAAUUUUAUAACAAAACUUUGUAAAAAUCAAUGAUGUAAAGUCUGCAUUUAAUAUUAUGGUCGAUAAAUUAUCUAAUUUCACUAAGUAAAACAAUUUAGCCCUCUUGAUGUCAAAACAUAUUGUAAGUAAACAUAAAAAGUUGCCUUUUCUCCUGCCUCACAAAACAAAGGGCUAUUUCUACAAGGCAAAGUUUUGUAUAUGUGUUAUUUAUUUCAAACAGAGAAUUGGGAAGGACUGGAAGAUACAGUGGCUGUCUUUCUUGCUCAAAAAUGCAUCUAUGUGCGUCUCCUGACAUCUACAAAGCAAGUUUUUCUGGAGUAGCCGUGUGGAAUGUACCGCUUCAUUUUACACACGUGUAUUGAUGACAUUAUUUGUGACUGAGACCUGGAGUAAUACAUGGGCUGUGUCAGCUGGUCCACUGUUAGUCCUCUGUGUGAGGCUUGGUGGCGUCAUUGUGUCAUUCUCAAUGUGUGUGAAAGGCAGAUCUUUCUUCCUGUAAAUAUCUUUUGAUAUCCAUUUGUGUAGCAUCCCAAUGAAUAUGUCUGUGGAAAAUGUGAUGUACCAAAGUUUUUUCUUGUCAGUUGGUCUAAACACCCAAACAACGAGUUGGAAAUCCAGUUUGGUGCAGUGGGACUUUUCUUUUACGGGAGAAAAUUUUACAUCAGUGUUGCUUUUUAGUAUUUUGGAAUUAACCCGUUUUCUCAAACCUACAAGAGAAUGUGCCUGUCAUGUCCCAGUGCUCCUUUGGGCACUCCCUUUACCCGAGCCGGAGCUUUCCCUGCAAUGCACAGAGAAGAGAGCCCACAAGGAGACAGUACCUGCAUUUGUCUGCUGACUCCAUCUCUAAGGAUGAUGGGGUGCACUCACUUUGCAUCCCUAGGUCUUUGUCUUCUCAAUGAAUGUCUUAGACCAGACAAUCUGGGAAGUCCUUUCUAGUCCUAAUAUCUGGUUUCAUUUUUUACUUUCCAGUGGUUCCUGCUGGGAUCUGGCCCGUGAGCUGUGGGUCUCGCUAAGAGGUUUAGGGUAGGUUACUCUGGCUUAUGUUCCCAGGGUCGGAACCUGAGCCUUCUUUGGUGCCUGUCCUGUUUCUAUCCCGGCUUCACUUUGCUUUCUAUGCUAAUAUUUUCUCCCUGCUCCCAAACCGUACUGCUUUUUAAUCCAUAAGACACAUUGCCCCUGUCCCUCUCCAAAGCCAAUGCAAUCCACUUAAAACACCCUUUUGGAAAAAGUCUCAUCAGAAUUACCUUCAGUUUGUGUCUAGCAUCUGUGGAUUAUUUUAAAAUUCUGAUUCCUCUGUAGAUAGCUGUGAUCCUCAAGUAAGUGCUCAUAGACUUUUCUGUCCCAGAAGUGAUAUCUUUGUCAUUGUGAGCACCAUAGCCAGCAAAUCUCAUCACCAACCCAGGCUGUCGUCAGAGAGCUGUCAGGGGGACAGGGGAUGAGAUUAGAUAUGAUGUGAUUCUGCCCUUUAGGUAAGAAAAUCCCAGGAGACAGAUUAAGUGUCUGCAUUCCUAAGUGGGUAUGUAGGACCGAUAACUCAGUGUCACGGGAGUUUCUUACUCAACAGAUCAGCCUCAAAGUGUUUACAAGUAGCUACGUGGACCUUUCGUAUGGUAAUCUGUAGCCACAUGUGGCAAAAGAUCACUUGGGAUUUGGCCAGACUGAACUAAGAUGUCCUGCACAGGUCUUGAAGGCUUCAUACCAAAAAAAAAAAGGAGUAUAGAUAUUUAAUAUUUUGUAUUGAUUACAAAUGACACAAGGGGUAUGCCAAUUAAAUAGAGUAAUCAUUGAAUAAAUAUUAAAAUUAACUUCAGCCUUUUCACCUGUUCUUAGUGUGGCCACAGAGAAGCUUAAAAUUAGGUCUGUGAUUAAUACAUUGCUGCUGGACUUCCCUUGGUAAGGCAGACAGUGACAUAGGAUAACUAGGAAAGGAGUUCUGCAGAGCAUCCCAGUGGAAGCAACACAGAUGUUUUUGCUGGAAUCAGGAGCAUGUGAGGCACCAGAUACUGCCCAGAAAGCACAGGAUUUUUCUGCCUUAAAAAGUUAUAUGUGUGCAUAUCUCAAUUAAACAACAACAAAAACAAAGGCAAGUGCAGCCCACAUGGCCUUCCUUUGGUUUUGCUCUGAGCCUUGGCAUCUGUUUUCUCUCGCAUCUUCCUGGUGCUUGGUUGUUAGCCACAGAGGAGGUCAGGCUUGUUGGUCUUACCUCAGGCAACAUUCUCUUGUGGUUCUUCCCUCCCCAAAUGUGUAGUCUGUUCACAAGAGGGUGUGCAGAAAUGCCCUCCCGAUCUCGCCACUUCUCUUGGCUUGGGCAGAGGCUGAGCCUAUGGCCCAUGUCCACCCACCCAGCAAGUUUGAUGUCAGUUCCUGAAAGAAUUUGUAUUUAUUUUCUUUUGCACUAGUCACAGUUGGUGUUUAAACUGUUUCAGGUGUUUUGGGAGAGUAUUUGCCUGUGUUGGAAAGAGAGAUGGACGAUUUAUUGCUUUGAUUGUUUUAAAUUAAAAACUAUUCUCACAACCUGA